AUGUCGGCCGAGAAAGGGAUCGCCCCCCACCGUGGCGCGCCACGUGAACGGCCCAUCGCGGGCACCUCCAAGACCGCUCCACUCUACACGAGCAAGAAAUCCCUGUGGGAACGCACUCGAACACUUCGCGGGUGCUUGGUCAUCGCGAUCAUCCUCUACGUACUCGUGUCGGAAUUCGAGCGCAUCUCUCGACGCACCGAUCCCCGUUACGACUCUGGCUUCGUCGAUCUCGAGUCCUUGUCCUCGUACGACCGGGAAAAUACCGGUCAGGUAACGAAGUGGCCACAAGAUAAUCAGGAAUCGGUAUCGAGCCUAUGGAGCGAGCCGAGAGUACCCAAGAUUGCGAUCAUUGGCGCCGGCGCUGGAGGUCAGUCAAAGAGAGGGAGAGGUUGAGCACUUGACACCCAGUAGCCGAAGUUUCGCUUCGAGUCUGUCGCCAGCAAUGCGAAGCCUGGCUGAAUUCUUCCGACUUCAUGAUUGCGUGCAGGUUCGAGUUCCGCAUUCUUUCUAUCUCACUUUGCCGCGGCACAAAAUGGGCUCGAGACCGCGGUGACCAUCUACGAGCGAUCCGGCUUCAUCGGUGGACGGUCCUUCCCGGUGAGGCCGUGGCUCGACGACCCUUACCAGAUCCCCAACGACUUCGGCCGUGACGAGAACGAAGAGCUUAUCGAUCCUCCGGUCGAGUGCGGCGCUUCCAUCUUUGCUGAAGCCAACGAGAACCUUCACAAAGCCGCCCGCGUUUUCAACCUGACGCUCAAGGACCACGGCGGCGAGCCGGGCGGGAUGGCGAUCUGGGAUGGGUCAAAGUUCGUAUUCACCGAGAGCAAAGGGUGGGGCUGGUGGGAUAACGCAAAGAUGCUCAUCAGGUCAGCGGCUCGUACUAAGUAGACGGGAAGCGCGAAAAACCGUCGAGCGACCGAACGGAACGGAAGACUCACCUCUAUAUCCCGUUUCCGACCGUGCAGGUACGGCCGAGCACCCCUGACCAUGCGAUCCCUGGUCAAGACGACGGUCGAUAACUUUCUUGGUCUCUACAAAGCCGAUUUUGUAUCGCGUGGGGCAUUCUCCUCUCUCUUCGACUUUGCUCGCGCCACGAACCUGGCUUCUAUGAGCGGAUCGACCGCGGCCGGCUUUCUCAUCAACCGCCACAAAGUCGGUGCAUUGUUCGUCAAAGAAAUGGUCGCCGCUGCGACUCAAGUCAACUAUGGCACGCCCGUGUCCAAGAUCCAUGCCGUCGGGGCGCUCGUCUCAUUGGCUGCUACUGGCGCAUCGCAGGUCGUCAAUGGCAACCGGCGAAUCUUUGAGCACUUUGUCGCGCAGAGUGGUUCACGACUGAGGAUGGGCGAGGGGGCCACCGUCACAGAAAUUGAGAAGAUCGAUGGCGAUAGACCCAAGUGGCGUGUUCAGACCUCUGAGGCUAAUCGAGGUGACGUUUAUGAUGUGGGUGGCGACUUUUACCACCACGGCGUGAAUCGAUCGCCGCUCCGCUGAUCACGAUGCCUCGGUACCGUUCCUCAGAUCGUGAUCCUCGCUGCGCCUUUCCACCAGACCGACAUCCGGAUCCGAAAUUCCGACGUGGCCAAGCUCAUCCCGCCUCAACCCUAUGUUCAACUCCACGUCUCAUUCGUCAUCACCAACUUGUCGGCACCUCAACCGAGCUACUUUGGCCUGUCUGACAAGACCAAGAUGCCGAAGGCCAUCUUUGCGACCAAAGACACAGGCGUCGCACCUGGGCCGACCUUCAACUCGCUCAAUUACCUCCAAUCGCUCUCCAAGGAGGCAGGCGAUCAGUUCGGACAAGACUCAACGUGGCACGUCGUCAAGAUGUUUUCCGAGGAUAAGCUAGCCCCGGAGACGUUGAACGAUAUCUUCGGCGAAGGUAACGUGGCCAAGACGUGGACAAAGACGUUCCUCGCCUACCCUCAACUCAAUCCUAUCCGUGAUCCCCGCAAAGACCUGGCACCUGUCCGACCAGACUCUGGUUUCUACUAUGUGAACGGAUUUGAGAGGCUCAUCUCCACCAUGGAAACCGAGGCGAGUUUGCUUCCCCGCAAAUUCGAGUCCCCGGAAUGGAUUUAACGCACUGACCACCAAGAGUACCCAUCUGCGCAACAGACCGUCUCGGCUUUCAACGUCGUGACCCUUUUACUGCAGGACCUAUUUAAAUACACAGCACCAAGAUCUUGGGCCGAGUGGGAUGCAUGA